GGCCGAUUAAGGGCAGAGAAUUGUGUAUUUCACUCCCCAUCCGUGCCACCGUCUCUCGACCCGAUCUUCUUCCAGGAGAUAUUGUCGAUCGACCGAUGGGAAUAAUAUUCUCCCGCCCACCGGGUAGCCGCGACUUGUUCUGGCUCGUACACCCAACAGUUGAAGCCCGCCUUCGCCGUCGCCGCCGCCGUCAGAGACAAGCGCGCAAACGAUUCGUGUCUCCUAGCAGUCCUCCUCCCUCGUCCAGUUGUUCCAGGCCGGAUGCUGCUCCGGACUUCAACACAGAACAGCACCCUUUCCACAGCCACUCUAGGUUAUCAACGUGAGUGCCUGCUUACUUACCACCAUCAACAACAACAGGCGAGUGACGAUUCAUUAACUACAUUAAACCCCGCAGAAUGUUCACCACGCGAGAAGCAGCUCAAACCCAGCCCGACACCUGGGUGGUAGAAGACAUCCAAAUCCGAAAAGUCGUACACCUCCAUCAGCUCCCUGGACACUUGAAGGCUCCAACGACGACCACCACAACCACCAAGACACCCUUGAACGCUCGUCCCAAAAUUGAGACCGACUCGGAGAUGGACGCCUUCGAGAAGGAACUCAGGGCUCUGCAGGCGGUGCGGGAACAGGAGAGGGGUCUUCGCGACAUGAAGACGAGGGACAAGUUGAAGGGGCGCGAGUGGGAGAUGGAGGGAGGAAGGGGAUAUCCUACCAUACUGGCCAUCGAGAAGGAGAUAAUGGCGCGCGAGAUGUUGGAGUGGGAGAAGAAGGUUGCGCUGCGCCGGGCGGUGGAGGAGGAGUUGUACCAUGUGCGGAAGGAGAGGGUGCUCAGAGAACAGGCGGAGCGGGAGAGGGAGUUGACGCGGGAGAAGGAGGCGAGGGUUGAGAAGGAGAGGGAGAGAGUGCGCAGGGAGAUGGAGGAAAAAUUGCAAAAAGAACAGGAGAAGGAAGUGCUGAACAAGGUCAGGGAGCUCGAACUCGAGGAGGCAGCUGUUGCGAGGGCGGUUGAGGAGUCGAUCUUCACGGAGGCAGCCAGGAAGUUGGUCGACGAAAUGCGGGAGAAGGAACGGAUGCAAGAGAUUGCUGAGAAGAUGAGAAUGGAAGCGGAGGCCAAGGCUUACGAGGAGAGACUGAGGCGCCGAGUCGAGGGGAAGAGGGGAGGAUAUGAGUCCAAUACCGAUGGAUUCGAUGAGCCGACUGCUCCUUUUGGCCCACUGCUUCCGCCCCUCGUCAGUGAGGUCCGGGCAUUUGUGGAGGAGGACUGGCAGCGACCGCCGUAUUCCCCAAAGCCGGAUGCCUACCCGCCGACAUACCCUGGCGGUCAAAAGGACAUUCCAUAUCCACCUCAUGAAACCGCUAGAUACGGAUACGCUCCACCACCCACAACGGGUCCGCCUCGUAUUGAAGGGAACGGCCGAGGUUUGCGUUGGGGCGUUCGUGAUCUCGGGGUGGACCAGACAGAUACCCUAGGCUGGUGUAAGAGGGGCAAGGAUGGCCGCCGCUGGUGCGAGAAGACAACAGAACGCUGGGAAACUGUCAUUCGUCGUGAGGGAGAGGGACGUGACGGAUACCGGCGCUACAAGAAGUCUCGAAGUUCACCCAACGCUUUUCGUGAGGUUGGUGGCGUUUGAUCCUGGUGUAAGUGUUUCUUCUGUUCCAUGUUCCUGAUAGAAUGGAUGGACUCUGGGUUUUGGGCAGGCAGGUGUGUAUGAUACAGAGAUUUAGGAACCAGGUGAAGGAAUAUUGGUCUUGACAGCAGCAUGGGCUGUUUAUCUGUUGGA